AUGACCUCGGCGGGUCUCCAGCUCCUUGCUUUUGCCCUGGCCUUAUCUGGGGUCUCUGGAGUGCUCAUGGCCACCCUGCUGCCCAACUGGAAGGUGCACGUGGAUGCGGGCUCCAGCAUCAUCACAGCCAUCGUGCAGCUACAAGGGCUGUGGAUGGACUGCACGUGGUACAGCACCGGGAUGUUCAGCUGCACCUUGAAGUACUCCGUCCUGGCCCUCCCCACCCACGUGCAGGCCGCCCGGGCCGCCAUGGUCCUGGCCUGUGUCCUGUCUGCUGUGGGGAUCUGCACUUCCACAAUCGGGAUGAAAUGCACUCGUUUAGGAGUGGACAGGGAAACCAAGGGUUACGCCUGUUUUGCUGGGGGAGUCUGUUUCCUGUCUGCGGGGGUCUCUGGUUUAAUACCGACGGUGUGGUACACGAAGGAGAUCAUAGCAAACUUUGUGGAUGUGACGGUUCCAGAAAGCAACAAACAUGAACCCGGAGGAGCUGUCUACAUUGGAUUCAUUUCAGCCAUGCUGCUGUUUAUCUCUGGCAUGAUAUUCUGCACAUCCUGUAUAAAAGAGAAUUCGGAAGCUUGGCUCCACCCAUCCAAGCGGCAGCACAUCUCCAUCACACAGCCAGAGGACCAUUCAGCAUACAGCCUGAAGGAUUAUGUGUGAAUAACCGUGUGAUGCACAUGACUUAGAUAAAUUGUUGAUACAUCUUCCUAACUGGUACUUCAUUGGAUUUUAUAAAAGAACUCCAUUGCCAAGUAUAAAAAGCACCUUGUCCUGGUGUUAACCCAGAACACCAUCUGCUUUGGCUCCCUCUCCUCGG